AUGCAUAAAGUGUCCAGUUCAAAGAAAAGCUUCGAUGACACCAUUGAACUGAAAAAAAACGAACAAUUAUUGAAACUGAUCAACUCCAAUGAGUUUACGCUGCACAAUUGUGUAGAGCUGUUAUGCAAACACUCAGAGAAUGUUGGUAUUCACUAUUAUUUAUGCCAGAAAUUGGCUACAUUUCCUCACAAUGAAUUGCAGUUCUAUAUUCCUCAAUUAGUACAGGUUCUAGUCACAAUGGAAACAGAGUCAAUGGCUUUAGAAGAUUUGCUAUUGAGACUGAGGGCAGAAAACCCCCACUUCGCGCUUCUGACAUUUUGGCAAUUACAAGCCUUAUUAACGGAUUUAUCAACUGACCCCGCUUCCUACGGCUUCCAAGUGGCUAGAAGGGUAUUAAACAACUUACAGACCAAUCUUUUCAAUACGGGCUCAAGUAGCAAUAAAAAUAUCAGGAUAAAUGAAAAUGUUGCACCAGCCUUAAUUCUUUCCUCCAUGAUGAUGUCUGCAAUAGCAUUACCACAAUUAAGUGAAGUUGCCAAGCCAUUAGUGGAAUCUCAAGGUAGAAGACAAAAGGCUUUUGUCUUUAAAUUAGCUAGAAGCGCCAUGAAGGAUUUCACCAAGAAUAUGACUUUGAAAAAUACUCUAUUAAAUAAGAAAGGCUCGAAAUCCAAAAAAGUCAGUUCGAACGGCAGUUUAGUUCCAACUUCUCCGAUAGAUUUAAUAGAUCCAAUAAAAACUAAGGAAGAUGCAUCAUACCGAAAAUCCAGGCGUAACGAGGUAAAACUGGAUUUUGAUAUUGUAGACGAUAUAGGCAACCAAGUUUUUGAAGAAAGAAUCUCAUCCUCAAUCAAACUACCCAAACGCAAACCCAAAUACUUAGAUAGUUCAUAUGUUCAUAGAACAUAUGAUGGGAGAACUGUGAACAGAGAUGGCACUGCCAUGAAGAGUGAGAAAUCCGUUGAUGGAAAAAUAAAUAAUACUGUCCCCUUGGAGGUACGUAAUGACGAAAAUACGGAUAUUGGUAACAAUGACUAUGAAACAGGUGCAGAAACGGAGGAGGAUGCGGAUGCUCUAAACUCCGACCAAUUUACCAGUUCUAUGCCAGACCUGCAUAAUAUUCGGCCAAGACUUUCUUCUGCCUCGUUUACUUCCUUAGAGGGAACACCUAAACUGAAUAGGACCAACUCCCAGCCGCUCUCACGUCAAGCAGUCAAGAAUAAUAAAAAAGUAAAUUCAUUCUUGAGUCAGGAGAUUGAUUUGUCCCAACUUACGACCACUUCAAAAAUCAAAAUGCUGAAGGCAAAUUAUUUCCGUUGCGAGACACAAUUUGCCAUCGCAUUAGAAACAGUAUCGCAAAGGUUAGCUCGAGUACCGACGGAAGCCAGGUUGAGUGCCCUGCGUGCUGAGUUAUUCCUUUUGAAUAGAGAUUUGCCGGCAGAGGUAGAUAUACCUACUUUGUUACCUCCAAAUAAGAAAGGAAAAUUGCAUAAGUUAGUAACCAUUACAGCCAAUGAGGCACAGGUUUUAAAUUCUGCAGAGAAAGUUCCAUAUCUACUACUGAUAGAGUAUUUGAGAGAUGAAUUCGAUUUUGAUCCAACAAGCGAAACUAAUGAGAGACUGCUUAAAAAGAUUAAUAGUAAUCAAGGCAGUAUAAUAUUCGAUUUGAACUAUAUGAAUAGAAAAGAAAACAGAGAAGAAAGAAUUGAAAGUACAACCAUAAGCGUGGACAGCCCAUCUUUAGUAUAUGAUGGCAACACACCCUACAAUGGAAUCUCUCAUAAUGAUGCUACAUCCAGUACUUCACGAACGAAUGCGGCGUCUGCGGCCCGUUUUAGAACUGAAGUUAAUAAGGAAGAAGAUCUGGGUGAUAUGUCAAUGGUGAAGGUUAAGAAUAGAACUGAUGAUGAAGCGUAUAGGAAUUCAUUAGUGUUACAAAGUGCUGCAAAUGUUCCAAUUCUGUCUGCUGGUAGUCAAGACAGAAGUCCAGAGUUGAACUUUGGUUCGAAUUUAGAUGAAGUACUCAUUGAGAAUGGAAUGAAUAGCAAAAAAAUUCAUGGUCAAACUGACGCUUUAGCUGACCAAAUGAGAGUCUCAGCAGUUAUGUUGGCACAACUGGAUAAAUCACCACAACAAUUAUCCGAAAGCACAAAGCAGAUUCGUGCUCAAAUUAUUUCAUCCAUGAAGGAGGUGCAGGAUAAAUUUGGUUACCAUGAUUUGGAAGCUCUCCAUGGAAUGGCGGGCGAAAGAAAACUAGAAAACGAUUUAAUGACAGGUGGUAUUGAUACAUCAUAUCUCGGUGAAGAUUGGGCGACGAAGAAGGAUAGGAUACGUAAGACUUCAGAGUACGGUCAUUUAGAAAACUGGGACCUAUGUUCCGUGAUCGCCAAGACGGGUGACGACUUAAGGCAGGAAGCGUUUGCAUAUCAGAUGAUUCAAGCAAUGGCCAAUAUUUGGGUUAAAGAAAAAGUUGACGUUUGGGUCAAAAGAAUGAAAAUUUUAAUAACAAGUGCAAAUACAGGACUUGUGGAGACUAUCACAAAUGCUAUGUCUGUCCACAGUAUCAAAAAGGCCUUAACAAAAAAAAUGAUUGAAGAUGCUGAACUGGAUGAUAAAGGUGGUAUUGCAUCGUUGAAUGAUCACUUCCUUAGAGCAUUUGGCAAUCCCAAUGGAUUUAAGUAUAAGAGGGCUCAGGACAAUUUUGCCUGCUCAUUGGCCGCAUAUUCUGUCAUAUGUUAUCUCUUGCAGGUUAAAGAUAGACAUAACGGUAACAUUAUGAUUGAUAAUGAAGGUCAUGUGAGUCACAUUGAUUUUGGGUUUAUGCUAUCAAAUUCACCUGGCUCAGUGGGCUUUGAAGCCGCGCCAUUUAAGUUAACUUACGAGUAUAUUGAACUGCUGGGUGGAGUGGAAGGAGAAGCAUUUAAAAAAUUUGUUGAGCUAACAAAGAGUUCAUUCAAGGCUCUAAGAAAGUACGCUGAUCAAAUUGUAUCAAUGUGUGAGAUCAUGCAAAAAGACAACAUGCAGCCUUGUUUCGAUGCUGGUGAACAAACCAGUGUACAACUACGACAAAGGUUCCAGUUAGAAUUGUCAGAAAAGGAGGUUGAUGACUUCGUCGGGAAUUUUUUGAUAGGCAAAUCAUUGGGCAGUCUUUACACUAGAAUAUAUGACCAGUUCCAACUCAUUACUCAGGGAAUUUACAGUUGA